AUGGCCGCUCCACUUUCCCCAAUUGAUGGCCGAGCGACUAGUCCCCUCCGGGUUAGCGUCGAGGAUGUGCCCGCGGAGGAGUUCUCCUACUACGGCCAUUUCCUUCCCGGUUGCCCAGAGAAGGACGGCUACAGCAUCAUGGAUCACAACAUCAACUUGCUCUGGCCAUCUAAAGCCGGUUCAAUGUUCGGCCUGGGAAUUCUGUUCCGCACCCGGUCGGCAUCGACAAGCCAGACGCGGUCCGCUGGUCUUUACGUCUCGCCCCUCCCCCACCUUUUCCCCCCACUCCUCAUGACGUUCCCCUCACCCCACUCCUCGAUUGAUUUAUACCCCCCAUAA